UGCUGACCGGGGGCGUGGCCAGUCUUGGCAGACAGUGUCAGUCAUGGCGGCAGUGCAGCUCAUCAGAAAACCGAAAGAAGUCUCCGCCCUCUACCGGGACCUCAGCCAGUUCCCCUCCCUGAGCGGAGUCUCUAUAGGGCCCGAGGUCACCACCCAGUACGGGGGCAAAUACAGCAACAUCUACACAGAAUGGGCGCAGAGGGAUCUGGAUCGCAGCGAGCAGGUGAAGUUUUGCCGCCAAUACAUCGUCUUCCAUGAUAAGGACGCGGUGGUGUACGCCGGGGCGUGCGGGAGCGGCAGCGAGAUCAAAGGAGAACUGCUCAGCAGCGAAUCACCAUCCGGAGCCCUGAAAGCCGUUCUACGAGAGACGAAGAAUAAGAAAGGAGAGGACACCCAGUUCCUGGAGGUCUGGGAAAAGAACCGCAAGGUGAAGAGCAUCAACCUGACCGCACUGGACAAGCAUGGGAAGGUGUACGAGGACGAGCAGUUCGGAUGUCUGUCCUGGUCGCGCUCCGAGUCUCGCUUGCUGUACAUCGCCGAGAAGAAGAGACCCAAGACCAAGUCGUUUUUUGAAGCUUCAGCUGGAGAUCUUCCGGCCUCUGCGGAUGAGGAUGACGACAGUGCUGGUAAAGUGGUUAAGGGUGAUCAGUUCGUGCUGCAUGAAGAUUGGGGUGAGGGCUUGGUGAAUAAGAGCGCCCCGGUGCUGUGCGUGAUGGACAUUGAGAGCAGCAACAUCUCCGUCCUGGAGGGGAUCCCGGAGCACGUGUCACCGGGACAGGCCUUCUGGUCCCCGGAUGACACCGGUGUGGUGUUUGUCGGGUGGUGGCACAGUCCCUUCAGAGUCGGUCUAAAAUACUGCACCAACAGGAGGUAAGAGACCCGAGGG